AAGGCACUAAAACCCUAAACCCUAGUUUCUAAAACCCGAACGCAACAGAGGAAGAGUAAAAGCUCCCGCAAAACACACAAGAUUAUACAUACAGACAUAUAGAUUUCGUAUCUAUAUCUACCCAAGGUCAUCUUCGUUGCAGUUCUAAUGGCGAUUGACGGGAGUUUUCGUGUCGAGAUUGAAUUAGAGAGAUUUCUCUCUCGCUGCCCCAAGCUUCUCAACGUUCCUGCUCUCAAACACCUUUUAGACAAGGGAGAGAAGUUGAGUGAAGAGGAAGUUGUGAAUGGAGUAGCGGAGUUGUUUUUACAUCCAAAAUAUACAAUUCCGUUAAUUGGAUGUUUUAGACCAAUAGCUAAGAGGAUUUUGGAUAGGACUAUUGGUUUACUGAAAUUAGUACCCGAUUUGAAGUCCAACAUGGAUGAUCCAAUGAUUGAAUUAAACGAGGACGAGUUAAUUAGAGACGAAGAAGGUUAUGAUAAUUCGGAAAUUGUGUCGAUGAUUGAAUUGUAUGUUAGAAGUGGCAAGGGGUUAAGCUUGCACGAGCUUGCUUGCUGCGCUUUUUCUCGAGUUAUUGAUAUGAUACCUACUUUGUUGGGGUCUGUGUCAAAUUAUUUCAAGUUUGCUCCGGUUCCUUUUGAAAGAAUCGUAUCUGGGGAAUGGGAGAGUGGGCUAAUGCAUAAGGAUGGAAUUCAUUAUUUAAAUGUUGUACGGAUAUCAUUACGGCUCCUUCUAUCAGAUUCUGAAAGUUUCACAACACUUUGGGACUGGUCCUGUUUUCUGGACUUCGUACAGCAGUGUGCAGUUCUUAAACAGCACUGUAAGCCAGAGUACAAAGAGAAUGUCUCACAUAUAAGAUGGUGUACAGUGCAAAUAUUAUCUAUUGUUUUGAAAACAAGCGAAAAAGCGGCUGUGAACUAUGGUCUAGGUACUGAGGAAGCAUUUGCAUCUUUACUGUGUUGGCAAGACUAUUGUCAGGACGUGUCUAUAGAAAAGGCAGGCUGGUAUCUUGAACCAUAUGACGAAAAUGAGUUGGAAUCACUCAGUAGAGACAUUUCUCGAGAUCUACAUUCCACUAGCCUUGUCCCUUCAACUGUUUCUAUAUCUAGGUUUCGUGAAAUUGAGACAUCCAACGCGGACAACAGACAUGCAGCAUGGGAUGUGAAAUCAAGUGAAAACCCUUUCUUCCUGACGGCUGCCAUGCAGAAGAGUUUUGAAAUGGCUUUGUUGGCAGUAAGUCAAAGAUGGCCUGUUCUUCUGUAUGGCACCAUGGGUGCUGGCAAGAGCGCCCUGAUUAAAAAGUUGGCUCAUGAUUAUGGAAGCAGAGUGCUGUCUAUUCAUAUGGAUGAGCAAAUUGAUGGGAAAACAUUAAUCGGAAGUUAUGUCUGCUCUGAGAAACCUGGUGAAUUUAGAUGGCAACCGGGUUCUCUAACUCAGGCUAUUUUGAAAGGAUAUUGGGUUGUAUUUGAGGAUAUUGAUAAAGCUCCUGCAGAUGUACAAUCUAUUAUAUUACCUCUACUUGAAGGUGCAAGUUCAUUCUUAACUGGCCACGGGGAGGCAUUGAGGGUUUCUGAAGGUUUCCGACUGUUCUCUACUGUAUCAUGUUCAACCAUCGAUACAUCUUGUGCUGCUGAAGGUAGGAACUCACUUUCUACUCUUUGGAGGAGAGUAAUGAUUAGGCCAUCUAGUAAUGACGACUUGCUGAGUAUUGUGAAUGCUUGGUAUCCAGAUCUAGAGCCUCUUGCUGAUAAACUUAUAGAAACCUUCGCAAGGGUAAAUCAACUUACAGGAUUUCACUCUGGGUUGAAUCAGCACUCCAAUUCGAAUGGAAGGUUUUCCUUGAGGGAUCUCUUAAAAUGGUGCAGGAGAAUUGUGAAUUUGGGUUUUGUAUUUGGCAGGAAUUUAUCCGCCACUAUGUGUAGUAGCAUAUAUCAAGAGGCUGUAGAUAUUUUUGCUCUGUAUUCAAGUUCAGCUAACAAUCGCUUGACCAUUAUGCAAGAGAUUGCGAAGCUAUGGAAGGUUCCAGUUUCUGUUGCAAAUUCCUUGUACCCAAUUCAUAAACCAGUGAUACAGGACUUGAGAUCUGAUUUACGCAUUGGAAGAAUAUCCCUACAGCGCAUUCAGACCACGUUAAGCUACAACACGAAGUCCUUUGUUGAGAUUCGCAGUUCACUGCACCUUCUUGAGAGAAUAGCUUGCUCUGUUAAGUGUAAUGAGCCUGUUCUUUUGGUUGGUGAAACUGGUACGGGGAAGACUACCCUUGUGCAGAACUUAGCUAGGAGGCUUGGCCAAAAACUUACAGUGUUGAAUUUGAGCCAGCAGAGUGAUGUUGCAGAUUUGUUAGGGGGUUUCAAACCAUUGAAUGCACAAUUUGUUUGCAUUCCUUUAUAUCUGGAAUUUGAGAAUCUCUUUGCUACUUCAUUUUCCUCAAAGAGAAAUGAAGAUUUUCUUGCCUGUUUGAGAAAAUUUGUUGCUGAUAAAAACUGGAGGAUGCUACUGAGUGGUUUCAGACGGGGUGUUAAAUUGGUCUUAGAUAGUGGGAAGUCUGGAUCCAAGCGGAAGAGGCCUCUGGAUGCUUGGUUAGAUUUUUCUCGAAAACUUGAAACCGCGAGUGCUCGUAUUAGUUCAUCUUCUGGAAUGAUAUUUUCUUUUGUUGAAGGAGCUUUUGUUACAGCACUGAAAAAUGGUGAGUGGAUAUUGCUAGAUGAGGUGAACUUGGCUCCUCCAGAGACAUUGCAGAGAAUUGUGGGUGUUCUUGAAGAAGAAAGUGGCUCACUUUGUUUAGCUGAAAGAGGGGAUGUUGAGUAUAUUAGACACCCCAACUUUCGUGUAUUUGGUUGUAUGAAUCCUGCCAAUGAUGCUGGGAAGAGAGACUUACCUUUUUCUAUAAAGAGCAGGUUUACUGAAUAUUUUGUGGAUGAUGUGUUGGAUGAUGAAGAUCUUAUCCUAUUUAUAAAUCAGUUUGUAGAUGACAGCCAUUCUAAUAGAGAACUGGUAAAUAAGAUGGUGCAAUUUUAUAAAGCUGCCAAGAGGCAAUCAGAAGAAAGGCUGCAGGACGGGGCCAAUCAGAAGCCACAAUACAGUCUACGAUCUCUUUACCGUGCACUGGAAUAUACAAGAAAAGCAAGAAAACAUUUUGGAUUCCAGAAGGCAUUGUAUGAUGGAUUCUGUAUGUUUUUUCUUACUUUACUUGAUGAUAGUAGUGCGAAGGUAAUGCAUGGGUUGAUUUUGUCAUACUUGAUGGGAGGUAGUGAACCUCCACAAGUACCUUUUGAUCGUUAUUUGGUGGCGAAAGAGGCCAUUGUGCAUGAUGAUGUCUCUCAUAAUUAUGUUCUUACUAGAAGUGUUAAGGAACAUCUUAGGAACCUGGCACGUGCCAUAUUCAUUGGUAGAUAUCCAGUUCUGUUACAAGGACCAACAUCUAGUGGAAAGACUAGUCUUGUUCAGUUUCUCGCUGCAGUUACUGGUCAUGAAUUUGUGCGGAUAAAUAAUCACGAGCAUACUGAUUUGCAAGAAUAUUUGGGUUCUUACAUUACUGAUGCUGAUGGGCGACUUGUAUUCCAUGAGGGCAUAUUAGUUAAAGCUGUUCGAUAUGGUUACUGGAUAGUCCUAGAUGAGCUUAAUCUUGCCCCUUCUGACGUAUUAGAAGCUUUGAAUCGCUUACUAGAUGACAACAGGGAGCUUUUUGUACCUGAAUUAUGUGAGACUGUUAGCGCCCAUCCAAAUUUUAUGCUUUUUGCUACUCAGAAUCCACCCACGUUAUAUGGUGGACGGAAGAUGCUUUCAAGAGCAUUCAGAAAUCGUUUUCUGGAGUUGCACGUAGAUGAAAUUCCUCAGGACGAGCUGAGUACCAUAUUGGAAAGGAGGUGCAAAAUUCCUGAAAGCUAUGCUAAGAAAAUGGUUGAAGCUAUGAAGGAGUUACAAUUGCAUAGGCAGAGCACGAAAGUUUUUGCUGGGAAACAUGGUUUCAUCACACCACGUGACUUGUUUAGGUGGGCGGAGCGGUUUAGGAUAUUUGGAAAUUCUUAUGAAGAUCUUGCCAGAGAUGGAUAUUAUCUGUUGGCAGAUCGGCUGCGUGAUGAUCAUGAGAAAAGAGUUGUUCAAGAAGUUUUGGAGAGACAACUACGUGUUAAACUUAUUAAGAAUAAUUUGUACAAGCAGGAGCCAGAUGAGAAUGAAAGAAAUGUUUUGAUGCUGGGGAGACAUUCAGAGGUUCCACGGAAUCUGGGAAAGAUUAUUUGGACAGAUAGUAUGUGGAGGUUGUAUUUCCUUAUCGAGCGUUGUUACAAGUUAAGGGAGCCUGUCCUUCUCGUUGGGGAAACUGGUGGUGGGAAGACUACUGCUUGUCAAAUGCUGAGUAUAUGUUUGGGUUCCAAGUUGCACAUCUUAAAUUGUCACCAGUUUACUGAAACAUCAGAUUUUCUGGGGGGCUUCUAUCCCGUGAGAGAGAGAUCGAGUUUAUCUUCCGAGUUCAAACACCAAUGUGAACAGAUGAUGCAGCUGAAGGCUUUUGUGUAUAUUUGGGGUGAUGCUAUUUUCUCUUGGGACAUCAACCAUGCUGCCCAAACUCUCAGUCAAUUGACAGUCUUGCUUAAUAAUUAUAGAGAUGGCUUGGUGUCCCAUCCAGAUGUCACCCCACCAGAUCUUGAUGUCAUUGAACAAAUAAAGGUGAAACUCAUUGAGUUACACAAGAAGUGGCAAUCCAUUUUUUUGUGGCAAGAUGGUCCUCUUGUGCAAGCGAUGAAGAAUGGUGACCUUUUCCUUGUUGAUGAAAUAUCUUUGGCUGAUGAUAGCGUGCUUGAAAGAUUGAAUAGUGUUUUAGAGCCAGAAAGGAAGCUGUCUUUAGCAGAAAAAGGUGGUUCUGAUAUGGAGAAGAUAACUGCUCAUCCCGAUUUUUUCCUUCUUGCUACCAUGAACCCUGGUGGUGAUUACGGCAAAAAAGAACUGUCUCCAGCUCUCCGCAAUCGUUUUACUGAGAUAUGGGUUCCCCCAGUUGGUGACAUAAGUGAACUGAGAAGUAUUGCUCAGCAAAGAAUAUCGGAUUCGAACCUAUUUUGGCUUGUGGAUGUUAUGCUUCAUUUUUGGGAGUGGUUCAACGGACUACAAACAGGCAGAUUGCUUACUGUAAGGGAUCUCUUGUCUUGGAUAGAUUUUAUCAAGGCGACUGAAAAAAGCUUACAGCCAGAAUUUGCGUUAUUGCAUGGGUCAUUCCUUGUUUUGCUUGAUGGGCUAACUUUGGGUACAAGCAUGACAAAGAGUGAUGCUACUAAAAUGAGAGAAAAUUGCCUGCACUUUUUUCUGGGACAAUUAAAGGAUUGCAAGCCAACCUUGAACUACACAAACCAUGGCAUGAUGGAAAACUAUGGUUGGGCUGACUUUAAGGACUCUGUCGAUACUUCAAGUAUUGACAUGAGGCAGAGUCAGACUCGUUUUGGAAUUCAUCCCUUUUACAUUGAGAAUGGUAAUGACAUUCCUGCUGGUGAUGGUUUUGAGUUUCUGGCACCAACCACUCGGAGGAAUGCUUUGAGAGUACUCCGUGCUAUGCAACUUGUGAAACCAGUUCUACUGGAAGGUAGUCCAGGUGUUGGCAAGACCAGUUUAGUAAUGGCCCUGGGCAAAGUUUCAGGGAACACUGUUGUACGGAUUAACUUAUCUGAGCAGACUGACAUAAUGGAUCUACUGGGUUCGGACUUGCCUGUUGAAGCUGAUGAUGGAAUUCAGUUUGCUUGGUCUGAUGGAAUUUUGCUGCAGGCUAUAAAACAGGGUUCUUGGGUUUUGCUGGAUGAACUUAAUCUUGCUCCGCAGUCUGUAUUAGAGGGUCUUAAUGCUAUUCUAGAUCAUAGAGCGGAAGUCUAUAUUCCAGAAUUGGGUAUUACUUUUAAGUGCCCAUCGUCUUUCAGAGUCUUUGCUUGUCAAAAUCCUUCAUAUCAAGGUGGAGGUAGAAAAGGUCUUCCAAAGUCAUUUCUUAAUCGAUUUACGAAGGUUUACAUCGAUGAGCUGGUUGAGGGUGACUAUGUUGAUAUUUGCUCGUCAUUGUAUCCAUCAAUUUCCAAUCAUUUACUUAUGAAGUUGAUUCGGUUUAAUAAGCUAUUACACGAAGACACAAUGGUGCAUCACAAAUAUGGUCAAAAAGGCUCUCCUUGGGAAUUCAAUCUCCGGGAUGUUAUUCGAUCAUGUCAAAUCAUAGAUGACGCUCCUGAAAUGUCAAAAAUUGAUUGUUUCCUCGACCCAGUUUAUGUUCAAAGAAUGCGAACACUGUCUGAUCGUCAACGAGUCAUAGAACUCUAUGAAAAGGUGUUUGAACUUAAGUCUUAUAUAAAUCCAUUUCCGCGCCUGCAAAUUAAUUCGGAGUUCUUGACAAUAGGGAGCGUUUGCAUUAAUAGAAAUCAUUCCCGGUCAGAUAAAUUCACUAAAAGUGAGCUUCAUAUAAUGCCGGGGUCACGUAAUAGUAUGGAAGCAGUGGCACGUUGUGUCCGUCACCAGUGGCUGUGCAUAUUAGUGGGUCCUCCAUCAUCUGGCAAGACAUCAUUGUUGAGAUCAUUAGCACAACUCACCGGCAGGGUUUUAAAUGAGUUAAAUCUUUCAUCUGCAACUGAUAUUUCUGAAUUACUUGGAUGCUUUGAGCAAUACAAUGCUUUACGUAAUUACCGCGUGUCAAUUGGCCGUGUUGAAAGUUAUAUUACUGAAUACUCAAGCCUACAUCUGGAACCCUCAUCUGAGGUGUAUAUGAGAAGGAAAUACCUUAUUGCCCGAUGGCUGACUUUUUUGUCGAGCAUUGAUCAUGGUGUUUCGAGUUCUAUCACAACAUAUGAUGAUAAUUGGACUACAAAGUCCUUAAAUUCUGUGAGGUUGUUUGUUGAAAUCAUGAAUGAUCUCUGUUCAGUUAUAGAAAAUGACAGGUUGGCUGUGUCUUGGUCAAGUAAGGAUCUGGACAUGAUUAUGAAGACCACAAAUAAGUUAACUGACAAGGGAGGGCGUUGUUCAGCAAAGUUUGAGUGGGUGACAGGAAUAUUGAUAAGAGCUAUAGAAAAUGGAGAAUGGAUUGUACUUAAGAAUGCAAAUCUUUGCAAUCCUACGGUUCUUGAUCGGAUAAACUCUUUAGUUGAACAGUCUGGUUAUAUAAUGGUUAAUGAAUGUGGGAAUGUGGAUGGGAAGCCGGUAAUUGUCCGUCCUCAUCAGGAGUUCCGGAUGUUUCUCACUGUGAACCCCACUUAUGGUGAGGUAUCCCGAGCAAUGCGAAACAGAGGGGUUGAAAUUUUUGUUAUGAAGCCUAAUUGGCUGCUUCAUGAGGACUUAAUUGAGAAAUGUGAUGAGAUUGAACUUAUUGAUGUGAAGAGAUUUCUUGUGCUUUCUGGUAUUCCUUCUGGUAAAUUGGUUGAUUUAAUGGCAAAAGCCCAUACUUUUGCAAGGGAAACCGGGGUCGACUUAAAUGUUAGCAUUACUUAUCUUGAACUUGCACGCUGGGUGCAGCUGUUCCGUCGACUUCUUAGCUGUGGUAACAGGCCUGGUUGGAGCCUCCAAAUAAGUUGGCAGCACACAUAUCUUUCAUCUUUAGGUGAGGCAGAGGGAGCAGAUAUAGUUAAUCAAGUGGCAAACUCUUUGUUAUCAGUCAGUGAAGCGUUCAAGUUGGGUUCGUUUCAAGCAAGUACUAUCUGCUUAGCAGGAGGAUGGCCAACACCCUUGAAGUUGCAAGAUCUCGUGUCUUACUCAGAAGAGUCUUGUGUGAGGCAAAAUUGCAUGUAUCUUGAAUCCCUUGCUGCCCGAUGUGCGAAUUUUGCAUUUGAAAGUACCUCUGUGCAGAAUCCAGGUUUAAGUCCUGCUGGUUCAUCUCAGCCUUACUUGUUGAAUCUGAAGAUGUUGCAUGGAGUGAUUUUUCCCAAGGCCUCAACUUCAAUGAUCACAUACUACGUAGAUGAGAAGGAACUGGAUUCUGAGCUUUACCGAAAUAUGCUUUUCUAUGCUGCUAACUGGACCAUGGAGCAAGCGACUGAGAGGGACUUGGACUUGUAUCUUCUUUGGUUUGGUUGGUUUAGUUCUAAGUUACAGCCAUAUGAUAAAUUCCUCAAAUUUUUCCUGACGAUGCUGCGAGAAGAACAAAAACAUUCUAUUUGGCAUUUUAUACUCCAAUGCCGUGAUGAUAUGUGCCAAACUAAUUUUGAGUUAAAGGGGCUGCCAAUUCUUUCAAUUGAGUUGGUGGAUUCAUCAUCACAAAGUCCAUUGAGAUCAUCUACUAAGCUGCUCGCAAAUGCAGUUAAAUGCAUAGGAUUACUUAGGCUUAGCUAUCAGCAGUGGAAUGCUGAGUCUGAGUUUGGCUUUUCCACUGAAACUCAGUGUUUUGUACCUCUGCUGAGAUCACUCAAAGAGUUGGAAGAGAAAGUGCUUGAUUCUCUUGUCAGGUGUCCCUCUUUUGAUGAAACUUUCAAGUUAUACAGUGAUCUUCUAGAAGCUCACGUCUGUCUCUGGAAGGGGUUGAUAUCAUCUCAGUUCAACUUUUUGGUUAUAGCAUGGCGUUCACUUAUGAAGAAUGCUAUUAAAUUGAAGGAUUUAUGCAGAAGAGAAGUUCAAAACUUUCAGAAGGAGAGUGUGAAAUUGGACUCUGUAUCCUCUUGGCCUUUGCGUGUACAAAAGUCCUUGCUUUGGGUCCAUGGAGGUCACCCGUAUCUACCUUCUUCUGCUGAUGUGUAUCUUAAGCAGCUUCAGCUUUUAAGCUUUUGUGAAUUGGUUUGGCCAAGAAAGAAGUCAUGGAGGCUAUCCGUCAAUAACAGUCCUAUUGAAGCUGCUUUAUCUACUGAUCCUGAGCUUCGAUAUAUUGCUUUAGAAGGAUCAUGCUUGUCAUCACCCAUCAUAAGUAUGGAUCAAGAUUCUUCUCACAAGAUUGUGCAGAAGCUUGAAGAGAUGCAUCAGAUGCUUUUGAAAAGAUUUGAAGAUGACAAAAACAAGUUGCAAGCAAAGACGGAUUCUGCUCUUCAAGCUUUAAACCCAGACCUAUCUAUCUGUGUUUUCUCUCCUAAUGUAUUAUGUUCAAAAUCAGGCCUGGAUAAUUGGCUUGCCACACUUCCUUUUGCUGAUGAAACGAGUUUAUUACUCGAUAUGUGGUUGCUUGAAGAGCUGUCAAAGAUUGUUGUUCUAAAAGAGGAUGACAUACAGCCUGCUUUGUCUCGGUUGCAUGUUCACCUUCGCUCUACAUUGGAGUAUUCGUUGAAAUUUUCAUCAAGACCCCCUACAGAUUUCUCAGCACAUCAAAAGAUAUUGUGGAUUCUUAAUGCUGGGGCAUCUGCCAGAGCGGAAACACCUAAAAUUCCUAGCUUUGUUCUUGAGUUGUGGUUUAAGUGGCACACGUCAUUGUGGAUGCAUUGCUCUACUCAUCUAAAGAAUGUUUUAGGUGUGCAUGGUUGUGAUGUUAUGCUUCCAGAUGUGUUUUUCCAGCCGAUAAAAUUGGCAGCUGUUGACCCCAUUAUACAAAGUACAUCUGCUAUCAGGGAUCAUUUUGUACACAUGUUAAAACUCAGAGUUUCUUCUCAUAAUCUUUUGUUAAGACCAUCUCAAUUGGGCAAUGCAAAAGCCUUUCUUCAAUCAACUGCCCGGUGUCUAUUUCAACAGGUGAUUUUUGCUCUAAAAAAAUCGUUUGAAGCUGACAAGUUCUCUGCAAUAAAGUCAUGGUUCUGUCAUAAUCACAAGGGGGGAUUAAUGAAAGAGAUAAUUGAUGAGAUGAUUCUUUCCCUUUCAUCAUCAAACCACCAUGCAUUUACCACACUAAUAGAUUCCUUGGUAGAGCCGCUGCUGAAUGAACUGUAUCUGCAAUGUUCAUCCACAGACUCUGAAUAUAGCAUUGCUUGUGCAUGGUUACGAGUUGGGGCACUACGCUAUCAUCUCUUGAUUUGCUGUGAUGAUUUGGAUCCAGCUGUGAAAUAUUCUAUCAGGUAUUCACAGUUGGUUGAAAAGAUUGCUUCACUCGAAGUGGAAAUCGAGGUUCGUAAAGAGUGUGAACAUCUUGCAGGAUGUUUCUCGAUGAGAGAUGCUGCCAAAGAAAGAUUUACAUUGCUGGAAAAGCUAAAAGUAGAGAAGAGAAUUCUGCAAAGACGGAUUGUGGUCCGCUUGGAUCCUGGAAAAUUUAUUAAACUUAAAUACGAAUGUGAUGAGUUCAUCAGUUUUGUUACUACAUCUCUCACUUUGAUAAGGACUGUCAAAACUAUGAAUAUACAAGAGCUCACUGUUCAAGUCCAGAACUGUCAGGAGACGAUAACCCGGUUCAUUGAGCGGUUGUCGGAUGAAUAUGCGGCAUACAUUGAUAUAGUUCAACCAGUUCAAGUGGCGCUAUAUGAAAUAAAAUUAGGCCUAGCUCUGCUCCUAUCAAGUGACUUGCAGAAAAGAUUUCUGGAUAGUAUUGGACAGGAUGACAUGGAUAAAGUUCUGGGAGAAAUAUAUUCCUUUAUGAGAUUUCCUAGAGACUACUUAUCUGAAGGUCCAUCUCUUGUGCUUGACUCCACGGCGGCCAAGCUUUCCUUAGAUAUAAUUUGUCCUAAAACUAUAAUGACUUCUAAUACAAGUUUGUUGGAAACUUUGGCGGCAUUAUCAACUGAUGUGGAUGCUGGUAAAAAGAUGUCAAGCCUACAGCUUAAAGCAGCGAUCUGUAAGAAUAUACUCUGUCGAGUUGCACAUUCUGCUGCCGAAGCUCGUUUCAUGGAGAAUUCAUCGUUCAAGAUAUUAGAUACCAUAUUUGAUGAAUUUUCGAGUUUAUGGAUGAGUAUGAAAGUUCAAGUUCAAACUAAAGAAGAACAUGAAGCUCAGCAGUACAAGUUCCGGCCUCGUGCAUUUAAAAUAGACAACAUCAUUGAAGUUGACAUUUCAACACUCCGUAACUCAGUUGGAAACACUGCUUUCUCAGAGUGGCAGGACAUGAUUUCAGCAGAGGAGGAGAUUAAUGUACAGACAAAUGCUGAUGAACAUACUGAGUCGUUGGAGGAAAACUGGAGGUUCAUAGAAGAAACAGUUUUGGACCAAAUGGUUUUACUUCACAAUGCAUUAUAUGGGUCAAUGGAUCUUAUACAAAAUCCGGGAAGCAUUAGAGUAACAGAUUCAGACAGAUUGUCUACAUUUAUUGACUCGUAUGAAUUGGGGACCAGAAUGAUUCAAAGUCUGGAAGGUUUGAUAUCCUCCAGUUUAGAUGCAAAGCUUGUGCCAGAGCAUUUGCUUCGUCUCUGUAUAGAUCAUGAACAAAAAUUUGUGUGCUCUCAUAAAACUAAGGAAUCCUACAAUUUCUAUAAGGAUUCAAAUGCACCUGUGAUGGCUAAAAUGGUGGAGCCAAUUUUAGCUCUUCAAAAGCGCAUUACAUUUCUUCUACAUGAAAGGGAUGAUCAUCCUGCUCUUCAGAAAAUACUGGAUGUGAUUGAAAUGGUCCUAUCUAUUCCUUUGAACACUCCUCUGUCAAAGGCCUUGUCAGCAUUGCAGUUUCUUCUGAGUAGGAUCCAUACAUUACAGGAAACCGUGUCUAAAUUUCCCCUUGCUGAUGAACUGGAGCCUAUUAUUUUUCUCGUUUCCUCAUGGCAGAAGUUAGAGUUUGAAUGCUGGCCAGCUUUGCUUAAUGGAGUUAAAGCUCAAUUCGAGACUAAUGCUGGGAAGUUGUGGUUCCCUCUAUACUCAGUUCUGCAGCGUAGGCAUACUGAUAAUAUGGAUGAGUAUAAUAACACCACUAUUCGGAGUUUGGAGGAGUUUAUGAAGACGUCCAGCAUUGGUGAAUUUAGAAAACGCUUACAACUUAUGUUUGCUUUUCUUGGACAACUUACUGCUGGUAUACGCCGUGGUUGCUAUUCAAGUUCUUACCAAAGAGAAAAUGUGAACGUACUGUACAACACAUUUGGCUUCUAUGCCCAGUUCUUGCCGACGAUAUUGGCGCAUACGGAAACUAGCAGGAAGAGUAUUGAGUCGGAACUGAAGGAACUUUUGAAAUUGUGUCGAUGGGAGCGAAGUGAUACUCACUUGACUAUGGAACUAUCCAAAAGAACAAGGCAGAAAGUAAUGAAGAUCAUACAGAAGUACACUGAUCUACUGGAACUGCCUGCAAUGGGAUUUCUUGCCCAAGACGCAGCGCUAAAAGGGUCUCAACUUCAGACUCCAAAACCUCAGAAUCUUGUUGGAGAUUCUUCUGAGAUGAACAAACAUAUACUCACUAUUGCAUGUGACCCGAUCCAUUACAGUGAUGAUAACCGGUCUCUGUGGUUUACCACAUUGAGGAGUAAAGUUUGUAUUGCUUUGCAUAACCUUCAUCAUGGACCGACAACUGAAAUUGACUUGCCGCAAAACUCUAUCAAGGAAGUUAAAGAGGAUACAAUUAAAGAAUGUUUAGCUUCUGGUUCAUUUGGUCUUAAAUACGAGGAAGAUUGCAAAGAGGUAUUAUACACAAUUGAAGCGAUAUGCAAAAUUGCUGCGGACUCUAGUGAGCUCUGGAAAGAUGAAAAGAAAAGUUUUGGGAAGAAGAGGGCUUUGACCGAAAUGCUGCAGAAGUUGGAUAGCUCUGGGUUGUCGAAGCAUAGGUCUAACUUCCUGGAGGAUCAGGUCGCAAUAAAUCGGGAUCUGUGGGUUCUUCAACCAUCUUAUGACUUGAAGCAUUUAUUGCUGACAGAUGGUAUGCUGGCAAUGGAUUUCAAGGUUGCCGCUUUGAGUGAAUUCCAGUCCAUUCACUUUGGAAGUUCUGAAAUUAAAUGGAAAACAGCGAACCAGUACUUCUUCAAGAGCAUUGCGUCAGUAGAGCAUCUGCGGCAUAUAUGUCUAAAUUUCCAUAAGGAUUUUAGCCUUGAAGAGGUUAGAAGGGCAUGUUCUUAUCUUUACCAUCUCAUUGCAUUAGAGCAACAACAACGUUCGGCGCUCUAUAAUUUUGCCGAGCACUUGAAGAACUUGAAUGAUUGCAUGUCUACUAUAAAAAACCUCUUUGCAGACUCUACUGUAGACAACAUUGACUGCUUGAUUUCUAGUAGCCGACAUGUUACAUUUAAAUGCAUGUGGCAACAAAAGCAAACACUUGAUAUUCUGUGCGCCACGAUGCUUGAUGAGUGUCUUUUACUGAGAACAGUAGAAAAUAAUCAUAUGACCACUUGUCAAAAUGGUGAAAGUCCAGCAAGAAACAUCCGUCUCUUCUUUGAAAAGUAUAUAUCGGAUAUUCGUAAUUCAAAGGAUUUACUGGAUAAGAUUCUUCUAGGCUGUGAUAGAGUUAUAACUACAGAGGAGUUUUCGCUGCAUCCCUAUGGUGUUACAAAGCAAAUGGAAAUGAUGCUAAACCAAAAUUUUAUGUUAAUUAAGGGGUUUGGUGAUGAUCUCUCUGCUUUCCGCAAGCAGUGUGUUGGAUCUGUUAAUGACGUUCUAUUUGGCCAUGUGGAACAUAUACUUGAAAAGUGUAAUUUGAUAGCCGAAGAAUAUCUGUUAGCCCAAAAAUCUAGAGAUCCUCUGGAAAGUUCCAGUGGGAUCCAAUGGAAAACUUCUGAUCUUGAAGCAAUGUUUGGUGAAACCCUUGAUCAAAUCUGUAAGCAUAUUCGGAAGGCACUUCAAUGUGUUAGCUCAUCAAGUGAUGGCCAUGCUCUACCUGAAGAGUCUCAAGGAAAUAUAACUGGAUCCGUUAAAAAAUUUGUCGUGCUGUCUGAAAAUCUUCAGUUGGAUGCUAUAUGUGAUGAGCUAACAAAGAUGGUUAAUAUUGCUGGAGAUAUGGUAACUUGUAACAGUAUACAGAAUUCUAAUCUAUGUACUGUUCUUGGAGCACACUUGAAGCAUCUCUAUUUGCUGUUAGAACCAUUACAGAUCUUCAGUGAAGGUCUGCUAGAUGAUUUUUUGGUAAUCCAUAGAUCGGUAUCUAUGAUGACACAUGUGAUUGCCAGAAUAUUCGCCUCAUUGUUUUCCCAAGGAUAUGGUGUUUCAGCGGAAGAAAAUGUGGACGAUACUGGCCAUGAAUUACCUCAGGAUGCUACAAAUGGAACUGGUAUGGAUGAUGGUGACGGAGUUAAGGAUGUCAGUGACCAGAUUGAAAAUGAAGAUCAGCUUCUUCGGGCAUCUGAAAACCCAAGCGAAGAGAAAGAUGCUUCAAAAGAGGUACCAAGUGAAGAUAAGAAGGGAAUAGAGAUGGAGGAGGAUUUUGAAGCCGAGGCAGUCAGUGUCAGUGAGGGUUCUGAAGAGGAAGAUGAACCUGGUGAGGAAGAGCAACUUGACCAGAAAAUUGGCAAUGCAGGGGAUGAGAGUGAAGUUGUUGAUGAGAAAUGCUGGGAUAAGAAUGAUGAUGAUAAUCCUAAUACGCAAAAUGAGAAGUACGAGUCUGGGCCAUCAGUAAAAGAUGAAGAUCCCACUGCUAGAGAGCUUAGAGCUAAAGAAGAUUCUGGAGCGGAGGCAGAUGAAACAGGAAAUCCCGAUCCUAAUAACUUCGAUGAGCCCAAUGAUGAUAAAGGUGACCAGGAAGAUCCUGAGAGUUCAGAAGAUGUGCAGGACAUGGACAUGGAAAAGGAAGAAGCUUACUUAGAUCCUACUGGAUUGAAGUUUGAAGAUAAAAACACAGGUUCUGACAAUGAAAUUGACAUGGACGAAUCAAAAGGUGCUGAUGAUGUGGAAGAUACUGGCCCAGAAGAGGAGCUUGAUGAGAAGUUAGACAAUAUGAAUGUUGAAGAGACCAAGUCAAAUGAUGAAAUGACAGAUGAAGCUGAGGCUGAAGCUAAAAACGAACGGUUGGAGGAAAAUUCACAGGUAGAUGAUUCAAAGAAUAAUAAUGACAAAAGUACGGAAAUGGAUCUGUUGGCUCCAGAGAAGAAUUUAUCUGGACCUGAUGCUGCUGACAAUCAAGCACCUAAUACAGAUUCCGCAACACAACCCCAAUGCGAGUUGCAAGCUGCGGUAAGAGAUGUUUCUUUAGAAGCAAAAUGGUCUAAUUCCAGUGAUAUUCAAAAUGACCUCGCUCCAUCUAGGAACUUACCUAGUUCAUCUGAGAGUGAAAUUGCUGUACCUGAAUCAUCUAAUGGUGGAAAAAUGAGUAAUGAUUUACCCAACAGCCAGAUGCCGCAGGUAGAAUCUUCAUCUCUUCAGAAAGUUCAGCCAAAUCCUUAUCGUAAUGUAGGUGAUGCACUUGAAAAAUGGAAAGAAAGAGUGAAGGUAUCUGGAGAUGUACAAGAAAGCAAUGAAGAGUCUCUGCUGGAUAAAUUAGACGAGGAUGCGGACGAGGAUGCUGAUGAGUAUGGAUUUACGUCCGAGGUUGAAAAAGGAACGGCUCAGGCACUUGGACCUGCAUUGCCGGACCAGAUAAAUAGCAACACUGCUGAAAUUGAAGUUUGUGGCGAUGAUCAAAAUGCGGAUAGAGAAGGCAAUGAUGACAUGGCUGAAAUGGAUGUUGAUCAACAACCUGAAUCACACUGUUCUAAGAACCUUGCAUUGAAUGAUGUAAAGAAGUCUGAAAAACAGAUAGAUAUGACAGACUUGCAUAUGCAGGAAGAAGCAUCCCCCGAAGUCCACAUACAUGAUGAUGGUGGUCCCACAAGUAUAUUGGGAGAGAGUUUAGUGUCCAUGAGGAAGUCUUACAUGAGUGAGGAUAUAAAUCAAAUCAAAACUCUUUCACUAAGCGACAAUGAACUGGGGAAAGCCUGUAAUACUGAAGAAAUGCCGAGUGACGUCAAAGAGAGUGGUGAGGCUCUUUGGAGAAAAUAUGAAUUGCGUACAACAAGGUUGUCUCAGGAGUUGGCUGAACAGCUUCGUUUGGUCAUGGAGCCUACUCUAGCUAAUAAGCUCCAAGGUGAUUACAGGACUGGUAAAAGGAUUAACAUGAAGAAGGUUAUUGCAUACAUUGCAAGUCAGUAUCGAAAAGAUAAGAUAUGGCUCAGACGGACUCGGGCCAACAAACGUGAUUACCAAGUUGUCAUUGCUGUGGAUGAUUCUCGCAGCAUGUCGGAGAACAACUGUGGAGAUGUUGCUAUUGAGGCUUUGGUGACAGUAUGCCGUGCAAUGUCUCAGUUGGAAGUGGGGAAUUUGGCAGUUGCAAGCUUUGGGAAGAAAGGAAACAUUAAAUUACUGCACGAGUUCGAUCAGCCCUUUAACGGGGAGGCUGGUGUUAAGAUGCUCUCAAGUUUGACAUUUAAGCAAGAGAACACCAUAGCAGAUGAACCAAUGGUUGAUCUUUUGAAAUAUCUGAAUAACAAGUUGGAUGAUGCUGUAGCAAAUGCUCGACUUCCUUCUGGCCAUAAUCCACUACAGCAGCUGGUUUUAAUCAUAGCUGAUGGGCGGUUUCAUGAAAAGGAAAAUUUAAAACGGUGUGUUAGAGAUAUAUUGAGUAAAAAGCGCAUGGUAGCAUUUCUGCUGCUUGAUAGUCCACAGGAAUCCAUAACAGACCUUAUGGAAGCAUCAUUUCAGAGUGGAAAUGUUAGAUUCUCCAAGUACAUGGAUUCAUUUCCUUUCCCAUUUUAUGUCUUGUUAAAGAAUAUAGAAGCACUUCCUAGGACACUAGCUGACCUGCUGAGACAAUGGUUUGAACUUAUGCAGUAUAACAAGGACUAAGCCAAUCAAUGACUAACUGAUUCGGUUUUCUAUUUAAGCAAAGUGGUGCUUAUAUAAAAUUUUUGGAAUCCAACAACUAUAACUAUAAUCUAGCCAAGGGAUUAUGACCAAUGAAAUAUUACCCUGGUAAUUGUACUGGUUUGGCUGUUGGAGAGUGUAGAUAGUUGGAGAGCUUUUGCGUUGCAACGAGUACUGUGUACAUGUAAUUCACUGUUGCUGUUUAUAAUAUAUAUAUAUUACUCAGCUCUCCAAUUUUAAUGAUCAAGGCAUCUUUUUUGUA